AUGGCCCCGACCGGCUCGUCAGAGAAACAGCAGCAACAGCAGCAACAGCAGCAACAGCAGCAACAGCAGCAACAGCAGCAACAGCAGCAACAGCGGCAACAAAAAGACAAGAGGAGACAUGAUGCCCCUGCUGGACCGCCUCGGUGGCCACACGCCCUCCUCGGCGCCGUCGUCUUGACCCUGCUGCCCCUCCUCCACAUCCUCGUCUCGCCAGACACAAAGGUCGAGGAGUCGUUCAACCUGCAAGCCACCCACGACGUGCUCGUCUACGGCACCCCCGUCUCCUCGCCCGGCGCCCGCCUGCGCCAAACCUACGACCACUUCAGCUUCCCCGGCGCCGUGCCUCGCACCUUUGUCGGCGCCGUCGUCCUCGCCGCCCUGAGCCGCCCGCUCGUCGCCCUCGUCGGCUUCCACCACGCCCAGGUCGUCGUGCGCGCCGUCCUGGCCCUGCUCAACGCCCUCUGCCUGCUUGCCUACCGCAGAGCCGCCGCCGCCGCCUUUGGCACCCGCACGGCCACGUGGUGGCUAGUCCUCGUCGCGAGCCAGUUCCACCUCGUCUACUAUCUGGGGCGGACGCUUCCCAACAUGUUUGCCUUUGGGCUGACCACCCUUGCUUCGGCCCUUCUGCUCCCCGACAAGCACGGGCGGGUCAGCGCCCUCGGCAUCAAGCGGGCCCUCGCCCUGCUCACCUUUGCCGGCGUCGUGUUCCGCUCCGAGAUUGCCAUCCUCCUCUUGGCAACGUCGGCCCAUCUGCUGCUCAGCAAGCAGGUUGCCCUGGCAUCGCUCGUCACCGUCGGCCUCGCCUCCUUUGUCGCCUCGCUCCUCGUCUCCGUCUCCGUCGACUCGUACUUCUGGCAGCGGCCCGUCUGGCCGGAGCUCUCGUCCUUCUACUACAACGCCGUUCGGGGCCAGUCCUCCAACUGGGGCGUCUCGCCCUGGCACUACUACUUCACCUCGGCUCUGCCGCGCCUGCUCCUCAACCCUCUCGCCCUGCCGCUUGCCGCCCUCGCCUCGCUGCACCCUUCGCUCGGGCGCCAAACCAGGGCGGCCCUCGCGCCCAGCCUCCUCUACGUCGCCCUGUACUCGAUCCAGCCGCACAAGGAAACCCGCUUCGUCUUGUACGUCGUCCCCUCGCUCACCCUCGCCGCCGCCUCGUCCGCCAACUACCUCUCCUGCCGAGCCUCCAAAUCCCCCCUGUACGCGCUUGCCGCCCUCGCCCUCGCCCUGUCCGUCGUCGCCACCUUGGCCGCCAGCUCCGGCAUGCUCCUCCUCUCCUCCCUCAACUACCCGGGCGGAGAUGCCCUGCGCCAGCUCCAGGCCCAUGUCGGCAGCCGCCACGACGCCGCGGACCCCGUCAAGGUGCACGCCGACGUGCUCACCUGCAUGACCGGCCUCUCCCUGUUCAACCAGAACCGGCGGGGUCUUCCUCUGGCCCUGGGCGGCCACGCCGGCGGCGCGGCCAAUCUCGCGGCCAAUCCCACCGCCGCCCACGACCACCAACCCGUCUUCUUGGUUGACAAGACGGAGCGGAGCGAGAAGCUGGGCUGGCCGGCGUUCUGGCAGCAGUUUGACUACGCCUUGCUGGAAGACGUGGCCCUGGCCCUGGGAGAAUGGGAGGUCGUCGGCGUCGUGCACGGAUACGACGGGAUCCAGGUGCUGAAGCCUGGGCAGCCAGAUCCAAGCACGGGGCAGGGGCAGCAGCAGCAGCAGCACAGGCUUCUCGGCCUCGCCGCCCGCGUCGCCUCGCUGAGGGAAGCCGUCAGACGCUACUCUCGCGGCUGGUGGGUUGGGCCAAAGAUGUCUCCCCGCGUCCACGUCAUGAAGCAAAGAAGUCUUGCGUGA